CGCCUUGCCAGUCAAGCUGUGUUGAGUUCAUCUCGAAGCCGAAGUGAAGCUCCUAUAUACAUAGGAGUAGGUUACACUAGCUAGCUCGACUGGUUUUCUUGGUGGGGAAGCGCGUUUUGCUUACUACGUGGUCUUGAUCAGCAAGACAGUGGCCGUCGGCGGCGGCAUGGCCGGGCGGAACAUCGGCGUGGCGGUGGACUUCUCGUCGUGCAGCAAGAACGCGCUGCGGUGGGCGGCGGCGAACUUGGCGGCCGCCGGCGACCGCCUCAUCCUGAUCCACGUCAAGGGCUCGUACCAGUACGAGGAGGGGGUGGCGCACCUCUGGGAGCACGACGGCUCGCCGCUGAUCCCGCUGCUGGAGCUGUCGGACCCCCGGGUGAGCAAGAUCUACGGCCUGGCGCCGGACCGGGAGACGCUGGAGAUCCUCACGCUGGCGGCCGGCCAGCGAGGGGUCCAGGUCUUCGCCAAGGUGCUCUGGGGCGACCCGGCCAGGAAGCUCACGGAGGCCGUGCACAAGGUCCCACUGCAGUGGCUCGUCGUUGGCAACAGAGGGCUCAGCACCGUCAAGAGGGUUCUGAUGGGGAGCGUGAGCACCUACGUGGUGAACCACGCGGCCUGCCCCGUCACCGUCGUCAGGGAGAACAUGCUGCCACCAGCACUAACCACCAACUCCUAAUGUUCCCCACUCCCAGUCCCAGUCCCAGGGGGAUGGCACGGCAGUGCGCAGCUGCUUUUGCCUUGAUGCCCAUGUAAAUCAGGAGCAAGAUGUCUCUGUCUGUAAGAACAUAUAUCCAUGUGUCAUGUAUGAAUAAGAGACAAAACAUUUGAAA